AUUAAUUAAUUUAUAUUAUUGAAACCCAUCUAAAUUAGAAAUUCUAAACCCUAAACCCUAAAAUUAUUACCAAUCUUUUUACCACGACAUAGAAAAAACCCUAAAUAAAGAAAAAACCUAAUCACCACAAAAAAAAAAAAAAAAAAAAAAAAAAAAAUUACAAACCCUAAAAUCAAUCUCAACCCAUGAAUCCACAUUAACCCAUUUCACCAAAAAUAGAGAAAAAAAAAAAAAAACUUUAAAAUGCCACAAUCCCCUCCUCAUUCACACAUCAACAAAGCUCUCAAUGACUUGUCUUCUUAGAAACCAAGUUAACCAUGGCUGCAUUCUCCUCCUCCUCCUCCUCCUCUCUCUGCCACUUCUCUCCGUUGCCCUCUCCGACGCCGAAGCUUCAUUCAUCGUUCGCCGCCAACUUAAAGCUUUAAAAGAAUACGAAAACCUCCCAGAUGACUACAAAUACGAACUCGACAUUCCCGACACUUUCCCUAAUGAGAGGUUGAAAAAGGCCUACAUCGCCCUUCAAGCUUGGAAAUUAGCCAUUUACUCCGACCCUCUAAACAUGACCGCCAAUUGGGUUGGUGCCGAUGUCUGCUCUUACGUCGGCGUCUUUUGUACCACGGCGCUUGAUGACUCAACCAUUGAAGUUGUCGCCGGCAUUGAUUUGAACCAUGGCGAUAUUGCCGGCCAUUUGGUGCCGGAAUUAGGCCUCAUCACCGAUUUAGCUCUGUUCCAUAUUAACUCCAAUAGAUUCUGUGGGAUCGUUCCUUAUAGCUUCUCCCAGCUCACCCUCAUGUUUGAAUUUGAUAUCAGCACUAACCGCUUCGUCGGCCAUUUCCCUGAGGUUGUUCUUGAAUGGUCCGUCGCUAAGUACCUCGAUCUCAGGUUCAAUAACUUCGAAGGAGCAAUCCCACCUGCUCUGUUCACCAAGGAAUUCGAUGCCAUUUUCCUAAACAAUAACAGAUUCACUUCCUUCAUCCCACAUACCAUCGGAAACUCCACCGUCUCUGUCGUGUCCUUCGCCUACAACGAGUUCCAGGGCUGCAUUCCUAACACCAUCGGCCAUAUGCCCAACCUCAACCAGGCCCUGUUCCUCGGCAACAACCUCAGCGGCUGUUUCCCUUACGAGAUGGGACAGCUUGUGAAUAUGACACUUAUUGAUGUUAGUUACAAUUUCUUUGUCGGCGAGCUGCCUAAAUCAUUGCCGGGGCUGCAGAGUUUGGAGGUUUUGGAUGUUAGUAAUAAUGAAUUGAGGGGCUCUGUUUUAGGGGGUGUUUGCGAGUUGCCUAAAUUGACUUACUUUAAUUGUUCGAACAAUUAUUUUAGUGAGGAAGAUGCGGUGUGUGUUGGGUCUAAAGAAUCUAAGAAUUCUUUUGAUGAUGUUGGGAAUUGUUUGGGGAAUCGACCGGAGCAGAGAGAUGCGGCCAAGUGUAGCUCUGUUUUGGAUAAACCCAUGGAGUGUGGUGGUUGUGCUGAUGAUCCAUUUGUUCAGUCACCAUCGCCCAGAUUUAGGCCGCCGCCGCCACCAUCUGUGGGUGAAAUCCCUUACAUAGAAGUUGGGUCUCCACCAUCUCCGAUUGUGUUUCCACCACCAACAUCUCACAAACCAACGCCCUCUGUUCCAUCCUCACCGCCACCAGUCCACUCUCCACCACCCCCCGACCACUCUCCACCACCACCCGACCACUCUCCUCCACCACCGGUCCACUCCCCACCACCUCCCGUCUACUCUCCGCCACCCCCCGUCUACUCUCCGCCGCCACCAGAACAAUCUCCACCCCCACCUGUUUACUCUCCACCCCCACCAGAACAAUCUCCACCCCCACCUGUUUACUCUCCACCCCCACCAGAACAAUCUCCACCCCCACCCAUUUACUCUCCACCGCCACCAGAACAAUCUCCACCCCCACCCGUUUACUCUCCACCGCCACCAGAACAAUCUCCACCCCCACCCGUUUACUCUCCACCGCCACCAGAACAAUCUCCACCCCCACCCGUUUACUCUCCUCCCCCACCAGAACAAUCUCCGCCCCCACCCGUUCACUCUCCGCCGCCACCAGAACAAUCUCCGCCUCCACCAGAGCAAUCUCCGCCGCCACCAGAGCAAUCUCCGCCGCCACCAGAGCAAUCUCCGCCGCCACCAGAGCAAUCUCCGCCUCCACCAGAGCAAUCUCCGCCUCCACCAGAACAAUCUCCGCCUCCACCAGAACAAUCUCCGCCUCCACCAGAACAAUCUCCACCUCCUGCGAUCGAAACUCCUCCUCCUGCUCCCGAUUCUUCUCCACCGCCAGCAUUCGAGGACUUAAUUCUCCCACCAAAUAUCGGCUUCCAGUAUUCAUCGCCGCCUCCACCACAGUUUCCUGGCUACUAAGGAGUCUCAUCUCCAAUAAUCACCAAUUUUAUUUGGAGUCAUUUGUUUCAUGACUUUUCAUCAAAUUCAAUUCAAAAUACUGUGUCCUCGUAAUCAACUUCUGUCUUUAAUCA